GGAAGCUCCUACCACCAUUUGAAUCAACCCCUAUUCUUAUUGAUUUUUUUUCUUAUUUGCUUCGAACUCUAAAUAACACGUCCUAAUCAUAUUCUUACUUGUAUGCUUAGUGAUUCGUUCCGUGAAUAACGGUAUUGACUCGGCCAAUUUUGGGGGCGGUUAGUUGAAAUCGAUCAUUGAAACGUCUGAUGUUGAACUACAAAUUCAAAAUCAUUCCUACGCUUACCUCCUGGAAAGCUGACCCCAUCGUCAGUGCUCCAGGCUAAUCUACAUAGUUUAGUCUCGCCUCGAGCGAUGUGAGCAUUUUUCCUCUUCAUAUCUCUUCGACAGCAUUUGCUAGCUUUGAAGCCCUGCCGGAUAAAUCACAUCAUUAAAUCGCGACAAUGGCGUUUCGUCGCGUUCGAGUACUGCUCGCCGUUAUUGCCAUCUGGGCCCUUGGGUCCUGGUACUACAGCUGGAGCCCGCCAGAUGGCGCAGGGUUAUUCAAUCAUGGACAUACCCCAAGUAAACCGUUGACCCAAGACUCUGCUGGAUCCGGACGUCUUAGGUGGGAGAAACGACCGCCUCGUUAUCCUGUAGACAAGUUCGCUACCCUACCGACCAACAAGCAAACCAAACGUAUACCUCGUGUACAAGCCGCGAAGCCCGAAGAGACCUCCGCCGAGAAAGAAACACGAUUGAGACGACUUGCUACAAUCAAAGGCAGUUUCAAGCAUAGUUGGGAUGGGUAUAAGAAAUACGCGUGGGGCCAUGAUGAGAUCAAGCCUAUCUCGGGACUACACAAGGAUCCCUUCGGUGGUUGGGCCGCAACCCUUGUCGAUUCUCUAGACAGCCUAUGGCUCUUCGAUAUGAAGGAAGAUUUCGAACUCGCGGUGAAGGCCUGCGACAAGAUUGAUUUCGGCAUUACGGAGGCACGAGACAUCAACAUUUUCGAGACGGUAAUUCGAUAUCUUGGAGGCUUUUUAGCUGCAUACGAACUUAGCGGCGGUCAAUACGCGAGUCUUCUCAAAAAAGCGACCGAGGUCGCCGAUUUGGUGAUGACAGCUUUUGACACGCCCAACCACAUGCCUCUGACACGAUUCCCUUGGCAAAGGUAUGCUAAGGGUGAGCCAUAUAAGGCACGAGGAUAUUCUUUACUUGCUGAGGUCGGGUCACUCGGCCUCGAGCUUACUAAGUUGUCCCAGUUGACUGGCGACAUGCAGUACUACGACGCUGCACAAAGGAUUUCCGACGGGUUAGAAAAUAACCAAAAACAAACUACACUCCCAGGGAUGUGGCCAGUCAUAAUUGAUGCCUCGAAGACGCCUAUUCAGUCUAGCGGCGAUUCGUAUACUCUAGGUGGAAUGAGUGAUAGUACCUACGAGUAUUUAGGGAAGCAGUACUUGUUGCUCGGAGGUGCUCUUGAUCAACCACGAAAGAUGUACAAUGCUUUCAUUGACGUGGCAAAGAAGCAUCUUCUCCGUCGCGCUCUAAACCCGGAUAAUACCCCUCUACUUUUCUUUGGUGACGCCCGUAUCACUACCUCGUCAGAUGGUGAUAAGCAAGUUGUGACUAGCCCAGUAGCGCAGCAUUUAACGUGUUUUGCGGGGGGCAUGGUAGGCUUAGCUGCUAAGAUAUUCGAACGUCCAGCAGAUUUAGACGUAGCCGAACAGUUGACUGAUGGUUGCGUAUGGUCAUAUAAUGCGACCGUCUCAGGCAUCGGACCGGAGAUCUUCCACUUUAUUCCUUGUGAUCCUGACACCUCGAAGGAUGACUGUCAGUGGAGCGAAGAGCGUUGGACCGGAGCUUUGAGAAAGUACUGGGGCCAAAAUACCAAGGGCGACACGCUUUCCGACCAACAGGUGGAGAGCAUCAUAGAAACUCGGCGAUUACCUCGAGGUAUGGUUGAGGUCGAUGAUCGCCGUUAUAUUCUACGACCGGAAGCCAUCGAAUCAGUAUUCAUGAUGUAUCGCUUGACAGGAAAAGCCAAAUACAUGGAAAAGGCUUGGGCCAUGUUUGAAGCUGUCGAGAAAUGGACGCGGUCUAAGUACGCCGCGGCAGCGCUUGAUGACAUUACGGUAAAACAUCCCAAACAGGUAGACAGUAUGGAAAGCUUCUGGUUAGCGGAAACACUGAAGUAUUUCUAUUUGAUUUUCGGCGAUUGGGAUCUGGCUAAUCUGGAUGAGUGGGUAUUAAACACUGAGGCGCAUCCUCUCCGACGUGCAGAUGCCUGGAAUAGACGGUGAAAGCAUAGGAGAUGAGUUAUGAUACCCCUAGAAUUGGUCGUGUAUAACAUGCAAGGCAAUCGUUAGAGAAGGAGAAGGGGGGGGGAGAGGUUGGAUUGAUGACUACAAUGCUCUUUUACAUUGCGAUUAUGGUAAAUCAACAACUAAUUAGGAUUGUCGUUGGUAUUGGCAUAUUUACUGCCUGAAGCACACGAGAGUUCUAUACAAGAUAGAAUAAUAUGUUGCGUUGAAUUCGCCUCUGGCAGUCAUCUAAUCGAUUUCCUGUAGAUCUUGAUAUCAUACCUAUUUUCGGUACUGAAUUGGCCAAGAGGUAAGGGAUCCAUCAGCCUCCACUUAGAAUAUAUUAUCGUGUAUUAUUGUUGCAAUUGGCGUGGAAUAUACAUGAAUUAGGAUAGAAUUGUACCGAAGUACCUAAAAUCGAGCACCUUUUUGGACAAUUUGGGCAGGCAUGUUCCGGUAGUGGCCGAAUUGAUGAGACGAUUCGAUGCUGCAGCUGUGCUU